UUUCCUGCAAGUUCCUCCUCUCUGAAGCUGAGCAAUCUGGAGUGUAUCUUCUUUGCUUAUUCUGUGUGCCGGCUCAGUCAAGCUCAGAAGUCCCGACAUGGGUGUUGUGACCUAUGAUGAUGUGCAUGUGAACUUCACUCAGGAAGAGUGGGCUUUGCUGGAUCCUUCUCAGAAGAGUCUCUACAGAGAUGUGAUGCUGGAGACCUACAGGAAUCUUGCUGCUAUAGGCUACAGUUGGGAAGACCAUUAUACUGAAGAACAUUUUCAAAGUUCUAGAAGACAUGGAAGGCAUGAAAAAAGUCAUAUUGAAGAGAAACCCUUUGAAUUUGCUCAGUGUGGUAAAGUCUUUGCAUAUCAGAGCCACCCUCAAAGUCAUCAACGAAUUCAUACUGUUGAGAAACCCUAUGAAGUUAUUCAAUAUCUUGAGGCCUUUGCAUAUCACAGUAGUCUCCAAAUACAUAGAAGAACACAUGGUGGAGACAAAUCCUAUGAGUACAACCAAUGUGGUAAAGCCUUUGCAUGUCAGCAUCCUCUUCAAAGGUAUAAAAGAGUUCAUAUAGGUGAGAAACCUUAUGAAUAUAAUCAAUGUGGUAAUGACUUUGCACAACACAGUCAUCUUCAACAGCAUGAAAGAAUUCAUACUGUUAAAUGUAAGCAAAGUGGAAAAGACUUUGCACGUUAUACUAAUCUCCGAAUAUAUCAAAGAACACAUACAGGAGAGAAACCUUAUGAAUGUAUGUUCUGUGAUAAAGCCUUUAUACAUCGCAGUCAUCUUGAAAGGCAUGAAAGAAUUCAUACUGGGGAGAAACCCUAUGAAUGUAACCAGUGUGGUAAAGCCUUUUCACAAAACAGCAGUCUCCAGUUACAUAAAAGAACACAUACUGGAGAGAAACCCUAUGAAUGUAAGCAAUGUGGUAAAUCCUUUGCAUGUCAGAGUGGUCUCCAACAGCAUAAAAAAACACAUCAUGGAGAGAAAUCCUAUGAAUGUAAGCGAUGUGGUAAAGCCUUUGCAUGUCAAAGUGAUCUCCAACAGCAUAAAGGAACACAUACUGGAGAGAAAUCCUAUGAAUGUAACCAGUGUGAUAAAGCCUUUGCACUUCGCUGUCAUCUUCGGAGGCAUCAAAGAAUUCAUACUGAAGAGAAACCCUAUAAAUGUAAUCAUUGUGGUAAAUUCUUUGCACAAAGCAAUCAUUUUGUACGACAUAAAAGAACACAUACUGGAGAGAAACCCUAUGAAUGUAAUCAAUGUGAUAAAGCCUUUGCAUGUCAAACUAGUCUCCUAUAUCAUAAAAGAACACAUACUGGAGAGAAACUCUAUGGAUGUAAUGAAUGUGGCAAAACCUUUGUAGUUCAAAGUUAUCUUCAGAUACAUAAAAGAACACAUACUGGAGAGAAACCCUUUGGAUGUGACCAGUGUGAUAAAGCAUUUGCACAAAACAGUCAUCUCCUAACACAUAAAAGAAUACAUACUGGAGAGAAACCCUAUGAAUGUGAGCAAUGUGGCAAAUCCUUUGCAAGUAAUAGUAAUCUCCAAGUGCAUAAAAAAACACAUACUGGUGAGAAACCCUAUGAAUGUAAGCAAUGUGGUAAAGCCUUUGGGUUUCAAAGUGGUCUCCAAAAACAUAAACGAACACACACGGGAGAGAAACCCUAUGAAUGUAAUCAAUGUGAUAAGGCAUUUGCAUGUCAAACUAGUCUCCUGAAUCAUAAAAGAACACACACUGGUGAGAAGCCAUAUGAAUGUAGUGAAUGUGGUAAAGCCUUUGUACUUCACAGUUAUCUUCAAAUACAUAAAAGAACACAUACUGGAGAGAAACCCUUUGAAUGUGAUCAGUGUGAUAAAGCCUUUGCUCGAAACACUCUUCUCCUAAAACAUAAAAGAAUACAUACUGGACAGAAACCCUAUGGAUGCAAGCAAUGUGGCAAAGCCUUUGCAAAUCACAGUAAUCUCCAAGUGCAUAAAAGAAUACAUACUGGAGAGAAACCCUAUGAAUGUAAGCAAUGUGGUAAACCCUUUAAGUGUCUAAGUGGUCUGCAAUAUCAUAAAAGAACACAACACAUACAGGAGAGAAAUCUAUGAAUGUAAUCAAUGUGAUAUAGUCUUUGCAUGUCAGACAUCUUCAAAGGCACUAAAGAAACUAUACUUUACAGAAACCCUUUCAAUAUAUUUAAUAUUGUGAAGCUUUUGUACAUUUCUAUAGUCUUCAUCUUUACGUAAGAAAUCCAUACUGGAGGGAAACUUGAAUGUACUACAUUGGAUCAAGCCUUUUCACAUUUCACAAGACAUAGUCAUCAUGAAAUAAUUCAUACUAGGGUAAGACUUGAAUGUAUUUAAUAUGGUAAAACAUUUGUACAUUUCUUCCAUCUUCAUCAUCAUGAAAGUAUAUCUCCUGAAGAGAAACUCUAUGACUAUAAAGAUUUGGUUAUAUGUAUAGCUGUCAUACUUCCAUUCAGUUACACAAGAUUAUUUUUCUGGAGAAAAAAAUGUGACAAAUGCCAACAAUCUAUUCAAGCAUUAUGAUGUGAUAUGCCUCUUUCUUUUGUUUGAACUUGCAAACAAAGUAAUCCUUGUCUAUUUUGUUUGCACUUAUAAUCAUAUUCCUCAACAAUUAUAUGAAAUAGCCCAUCCAGGUAUAAAGCUUUUUAUUUUGAAAGAUUUGGAGUAGGUAUUGAAUGUUGCUGUAUGUCUUGCAAAUAUAUUUACAAAAGUGCUUUAUAUUUUUCUGUAAUAAAACAUUAUGUCUAAAGCAGCUUAUAAAAGAGGUUAACCUGGCUUAACCAAAAUAGUCAUGAGCAGCAGGUGAAGGGAGGGAGAUGGGAUGGAAUGGUGGGUUCAACGUCAGGUGGGAGAGAACAGGAGAGAUGGCUACAUGGCCAUGAAUAUGAAUGGAAAUCUCCAAGUUAUGGGAGAGAAGGAAGGGGAAAUCUCCAGGAAGAGAAAAAAAUCCUGGGAUAAGGGAGAUGCGCAAGAAUCAGUGGAGGUUACCCUAGCUGUGAGUCACAAAAUUGGGGAUAUGGAACCUGAGGAGGCCAUCUCCUGUAGUCAGGCAGGAACCCGAGUGGGGCAAUAGAGACACCAACCCUCCCUCAAAAGUUUCAAUCCUAAAAUGAUCCUGUCUACAAGAAAUGCAGGCAAGGGGGAUGGAGCAGAGACUUAGGGAAUGUCCAAACAGCUAACUGAGGGAAGUUCUAGAGAGUUAAGGGAAGGCACACCACAACCUUGGGUGUCACCAUACAUGGGAUUAGGUCCCUGUCUGAAUUAAAAAAAAAAAAAACAAAAACAAACAAACAAAAAAACAAAAACGAAAGUUAAGGCAAGCACAUCAUCAAUAUUCAUUGGUAACUUUUAAACAUUUUAAUAUUUAUCCUUUGUUUCCUUUUUCUUUUCAUCUUUUUUAUAUUUCCUCCAUCAUUAUCUGUUGCCAUCUUUUACUUCCAUUCUCUCUUCCU